GUCUCUCUCUCUCUCUCUCUACCAACAAUCGCUCUCACCAACCCUAUCUCCUUCUCGCAUAUGUCAUUCAGCGUUCUCUAACCCUAACCCUCACCAUUGGCGGAAGAUACCAACGAUUUGAUCCGUAAUACAGUAUUUUUUCAUUGCCAAUUUCUAGUUGCAACGAAGCCGAGAUUCAGGCUGAGGGUGUUUUUAAUCAAAGGAUUCAGAAUUUGGCUCUUAACCUCGACAAGGUUUUGAUGGUUUCAGAAGUGAAUUCUACAAAAUUAAACAAGACAAUUAUGACCCAGUUGGUCAAAGUUCAUAGAAACAUAGAUUUAGGGAUGAAGCUUCCUGUUUAUGAUGAAAGAAGAGCUCUUUACACAGCUGGAAGACUUCCCUUUAUAGCAAAAGAAUUCACUGUUACAAUUGAAGAUGAUAUAGAAUGGAUUGGCAUCACAAAAUGGACACCUAAGCGAAGUACGGUCCAGCAUUCGGGCUCACGACCCAUCUUCUUCCGAUGACGUCCUAGGGGCUCUUCGAAAAUCCUUAAUAUGGUAAACAAUGUUGUUCCUCCCAAAACGGGUUAUUGAAACUCAAGGUGACAUGCCGGUUGUUGGAGCCAUUACUUUGUAUGUUUCUCUUCUCACAUUUACUCUUCAUUUUCAUCCUGACCGGCUUGAUUAUGUGGAUCAAGUGCUGCUGGGACCAUGUCUCAAGAUACUUUCUAACAAACCAAAGCUUGAAGAUAGUAGAGCUACAAAACAAGUUGUUGCCCUUUUGAGUGCACCGCUGGAGAAAUAUAGUGAUAUCUUCACUUCUUUGACAUUAUCUAAUUAUUCUCGAGUCAUGGAUCACCUUGAUAGCGGAACUAAUAAAAUCAUGGCUAUGGUUAUUAUCCAAAGUAUAAUGACAAACCAAGCUUGUGUAUCAUCUGUUGACAAGGUUGACGCUCUUUUUGAAUUAACUAAAGGGCUUAUUAAGGAUCUGGAGGGAGAUUCAGACGAUGAGUUUUUUACUACCUUUUCAGUGGCAACGAAGUCGAGAUUCAGACUGAGGGUGUUUUUAAUCAAAGGAUCCAGAAUUUGGCUCUUAACCUGGACAAGGUGAGAUAUGUGAUGACAAACGUGUUUGGAGAUCCAAAACGCGCAUUAGAGCAGCUUAGUCCGAAAAAAGUAGUUUCUCAUACCUGGAAAGGUGAGGGAUCGUUUGUCAAGGAACUUAUUCAAUGCAUUGCACCUCAUUUGGAAGAUGGACACCUAACCGUAGUACGGUCUAGCAUUCGGGCUCACGACCCAUCUUCUUCUCAUGACGUCCUAGGGGCUCUUCGAAAAUCCUUAAUAUGGUAAACAAUGUUGUUCCUCCCAAAACGGGUUGGGUUGACGGUUUCCCCAUCAACAUUUUUACCAAGUUAUUUCUGUCUUACAAGUUGCGGGAUGAGGUGCGGAACCUUCCUUGCUCACCAAAAUGUCGACAUGAUGCUGCUGCAGACUUGAUACUCAUUUAAACUGUUUUGAAUAUAAAGUUAUAUGUGUUUUCUUUUUUUAGCGUUCAAUCCGUGUGAUACACGGGUAAUAACCUAGUUUACUCAUUAAAAUAUUUUAUCCACUUUAUUUAGCACUUGUGCCAUGGAAAGAAGAUAAGAACUUCUAUUUUUGUGUAGUGGAUGUUUUUUCUCAGCCCAUGGAAAGAAGAUAAGAACUUCUAUUUUUG